AUAGCAGAUGAAAUCGCAGAUUAAAUCGCAGAUGAUGACGUUUUAACGCGUGUUGACCAUGUUGACGUCAGCCUCCUCCAGAGUGUGGCUGCGGGCUCCGCUCUCCCUGAGCAGGAGUUUGUCCUCCAGUCAGCGCCGCUCCUCGGAGCCUUCUCACCGGCCUCUGCUCGAAGCCCUCGCCGAGCCACAGCCGCCGGGGGAGGAGGGGGAGGAGGAAGAGGAGCGGACCCGCAGACUCCGCAAGGACCCGGGCGACCGCUCCGUGUUCCUGUUCCCCGGGCAGGGCAGCCAGUUCGUGGGCAUGGGUCGAGGAUUGUUCAAGUAUCCCAACGUGAAAGAGAUGUUCGCGGCGGCGCAGAAGAUUCUCGGCUACGACCUCCGGACUCUGUGUCUGCAGGGACCCGAGGACGAGCUGGCGAGGACGGUGCACUGUCAGCCCGCCGUGUUCGUCACGUCUCUGGCUGCUGUGGAGAGACUGAGCUGCGAGAACCCGCAGGCCAUCGAGUCGUGUGUCGGCGCCGCAGGUUUCAGUGUUGGAGAGUUUGCUGCUCUGGUGUUCGCUGGUGCCAUGAACUUUGCAGAGGCUCUGUAUGCGGUGAAGGUGCGCGCUGAGGCCAUGCAGAAGGCCUCCGACAUGGUUCCCAGUGGGAUGUUGUCGGUGGUCGGUAAACGUCAGGCUCAGUAUCAAAGUGCGUGCGUACAAGCUAAAGAGCACUGCAAGACCUUAGGGAUUGAGGCGCCGGUUUGCUCCGUGGCUAACUUCCUGUUUCCUGACGGCAGGGUCAUCGCAGGUCACCAGCAGGCUCUGGACUUCCUCCAGAAGAACUCAAGACGUCUCCAGUUCACCAGAGUCAAACCUCUUCCUGUCAGCGGAGCCUUUCACACGGAGCUGAUGGCGUCAGCCACUGAGCCCCUGAGAGACGUCCUCAGACAGGUGGAGGUGCGGCGUCCUGAGAUCAACGUGUACUCAAACGUUGACGGCAAACGCUACAUGAGCGAGGGUCACGUCCGCAGACAGCUGGUGAAGCAGCUGGUGUCGCCGGUGAAGUGGGAGCAGACGCUGCACCAGAUCUACGAGAGAGCGCAGGGCGAGAAGUUCCCUCACACCUACGAGGUCGGCCCGGGAAAGCAGCUCGGUGCCACGCUUCAGAGGUGCAACAUGAAGGCCUUCAAAACAUACACACCGGUGCAAGUCAGCACUUCUGAAGACUAGUAAUGCACAUAAUGUGUGGACUCUGAGCAGCUCAACCUGCACGUUUGUAUGAUUACGAUGUUUUUUUAAAUAAAUACGACUGCAAA